ACCACAUCCAUAGACCAAAAUAUUCAGUACUUAUUAAUUUUUAAAUUUUGUUUAUUUAUUAUAGUGUCAGUGUAUAAGCGCUUGUAGGCUCUCCAAGCAACAAUAUUGGUUCAGUUUCCUGUUGUUAGUAUGCGGGUUGUUUCAUGUUGUUCGAGUUGUUCCUCGUACUUAUAUGGAAUCUCAAAAUCUUUUUCCUUGAAAUCUCUGUGAUUAGUUCCUUCAUCGAAUAUGGCAAAAGGAGGCAAAGAUGUGGAAAUUGUCAUUGAGCUGGAAAAUGUGCAGAGUUUCACACAAUUCUUGACAUCCAAACCAGGCUUAAUAGUGUGUGAAUGCUACCAAGACUGGGCUGGUCCGUGUGUCGUUAUGAAACGAUUCCUGAAGAAGGCUAAGUUCGAGUUCUUCGAAGGAGAGGAUUUAGACCUGGUUCACUACUGUUCCAUCAAAGUGGAGGCGGUCCCCGCCUUCAAGAACCUCCGUGGGCACUGCAUUCCAACAUAUCUGUUUUUUGGCGGGAAGAAGUUUAUUCACUUAUUUCGUGGCUAUCAACCAUCGCUGUUGAUGCCCCUGAUUAAGGAAAUGCUGAUGCGGGAAAAGCUGUGCAUGGCGGGAGAGGCUAAACGCAACCUCGUAUCGGACGUCGUUCCUUAUUUGAUUCCGGAAGAGGAUCCACCGCUAGCCGAAUUGGAAAUAUUGGAAACCCCGGUUGCUCCGACUGCGGAAGAUGAGACGCCUGCGUUGUUAGAAGAGCCAGCAGCUGCAGAGCUCGAAGAGAAAACAUCCGAGAAGGAAGCUAAGCGGUCAACUGUGUCGGAUGAAAUGCUGCUAACGUUGGCCAGUCAUCAGAAGCGAAGCCAUUAUCCGGAGAGCCAGCCAGAUGAGGUCACGACUGAAAGCGGCGCCGAAGCUCCUACAGCACCCUCAACUGCUCCUGAGGCGGAAAUUACAGAACUACAGAACCCGGAAAAGAGGACUGCGCAGUUAGCCGUUGGAGAAACCCCGACUGUCGAGACUGACACCCCGACGGUGGUCCCAGCAGAUCUUCAAACCGUGCAUACCGGUGAGCCUCUCACACAAGUUCCAGGAAUUAACCAACCGGAGCCGAACGCGGAAAGCAGCCCGGGCAAUGCUACGGCAUCCUUACCAGAACCGUCAGAAUCUACACCGGCUCCCGUCGCGACAGCGGAAAACGCGGUAGAAGAAAGUCCACCUCCGGCUGUACCCCUGGAGCAAACGGCGACGGCUGAGCCCACAGCAGGUGCGGCUGACGGAGCACAAGGUGCUUCGGAAGCACCGCUCAACGAACCACUAACUGGCGAUACAACCGGAAGUUGAUGAACUAAAAGUCUGGGUCUGCGUGUAACUCUCCACCUCCGCUUGCCAAGCUUUUGCCCAGUUUAUUAAAAGCAGUACACUUACCAAAGUUGUCAGCCAAUCUGAGUGGGCUUCAAAGUGAUAUCGUGUAAAUUUUGCGCGAGGCUUUUGCUGAGAUCUUGGAGUAAUGCUGUUUCAUGCAGAAAGUGGGCUAAUCAGUAAACUAAACAGUUCUGUGGCGAUUUUAAUUAAACGACUGAAAUGGUGGUUAACUGUUUUACUUUAAGAAGACGCCACAUCAUUGUUGUAUGCCAAAUCGAUUGUUUUUUAUACGAGUAUAACGUAAUAAACGCGCGGG